AUGCGCGAGGUCUUCCUGCGCCAGCUGAGCCGCAAGGAGGACCUGCGCCCCUGCGACCUCCUGGUGCCCGUGCCCGGUGGCAGGCACACCUUCGAGGCGGCUCCCGGGGAGCUCGCGGACUUCGGCUACGACGCCGCCCUGGCGUGGCUAGAGACCACUUGGGCCCGCGGCGACCAGGGCAUCGAUUCCGCCGGCGAGGGGCAGAAGAAGCAGAAAAAGGGGGUCGCCGGUGUGCGCGUUGCAGAGCACUUCCCCUGGAUGGCCAAGCUGGAGCUGCAUUGGCGCGACAUCCACGCGGAGUUGCUGCGGACGGUGCAAAAUGAGUGGCCGGAGGAGACACAGGUGAAGCUGUCAGUGACGCUGUCAGUGAAGCUGUCAGUGAAGCUGUCAGAAAUGGGCGGCCAACGUUUGUUGGUGGACCCCCUGCUCGUGGGCAGCUUGGUCUUUUGGGGUCAGACCUGGGCGUUCAAAGGCCAGCGCAGGUUUCAAGGGCCGCUGCCCACGCCCGAGGAAGUCUUCGGGAGCUACGAUGCGAUCGUGCUGUCGCAGGGCUUGGAGGAUCAUUACCAUCUCCCCACCUUGGAGCGCAUCGAUCGCCGGAUGCCCAUCAUCGCCAACGCCGCCGCGGCGCAGACCGCGGAAGGCCUGGGGUUUCGCCCUAAAGUGCUGCGGCCGGGGGAGUCGUUGAUGUUGGGCCAGUUGCGUAUCUCCGCCCUGCCCGGCAGCGUGGUGGGCCCUCCCUGGCAAGACCCGGAGAACGGCUACGUGUUCGAGGACACAAGGCCCAAAGGAUGGUCGGUGGGCCUGGAGCCACAUGGAAACUUUCGUGGACCUGCGCUGGGAACCUCUCUCCGGAAGCUGCCCAAAUCACCGCCCCACCGCCUGGAUGCGCUGAUUCUGCCGCUCACCGCCCAAGAGAUCUCAGGGUACAAGCUGGUGAACGGCGCCGAUGAGGCCGCAGACACGCUCGAAGCCCUGGAUCCCGUCCCACGUUUCGUGCUGCCGCUGCGCAAUGCCGAGAUCGAGGCCAAAGGCGUCCUAGCGGAACUGCUCAGAGAGGAUGGCUCGCAGCAGCGAUUCCGCCAACUGCAACGGGAGCGGCCCAAGUUGGCGAAUGUUCAGCUGCUGGAUUUGCCGCCAGGGGAGCCGGUGACCUUGGAGCACGGGGUCUGGCGGGAGUUCCCUUUGCUGGGCCUCAACGCGGAAGUCCAAGAGAGCUGCCCAAAGACUUGGCAGCUGCUGACCGAGGUCGAAGCGAUCGCGCAACACUGGGCUCUGUGCCCGGACGAGGAGACGGCGCUUUUCUCUCGUCUGACGCCCGGCACCCGGCUGAAGCCCCACUGCGGGCCCAGCAACCUGCACCUCACCUGCCACUUGGGACUGCAGGUGCCUCAGGGCUGCAGCAUCCGUGUGGGCGACGAGUGGCGCAGCUGGCAGGAGGGCCGUUGCCUGGUCUUUGACGACUCCUACGAGCACGAGGUGCGGCAUGACGGGGAUGCGCCCCGCUUCGUGCUGCUGCUGCGCUUUUGGCAUCCCCAGGUCCGUCCGGAGAUGCGAAGGCCGCUGCUGGCGGCCAAGGCGAAGCAGCGGAAGCUCAAGGAGUGGACGCUUCUCUGA